AUGGCUCGCGAUGAGCUUUAUCGGGUUCACAAACAGCCAGCAAUCAAAUUCGUUCGAUUAGACGGCAAUCAAUCACCAGACGUGGCAUCGGAUUCCGACGAGUUGUCUAAUGCAAGCACGGUGGACCUGGAACCAACACAGACGAAGCGAUUCAGCCCGAAAAUCAUUUUAAUUGCUGCUGUCUGUGGUCUUGUUGUCAUUGCGGCUAUCGUAGGCGGGCUUGUGGGUGCAGCAUCGAAGCGCUCGGGCAACGCGGAUAAUAAAGUGCGAGGAAACUACACGUCGAAUCCAGAGAGGGCCGCAACUGUCAAGGAUGCUUUUCGUCAUGCCUGGAAUGGCUAUUACGAGUUCGCGUUUCCCCAUGACUCCUUGAAGCCUAUCUCAAAAACAUACGUGAAUGACAGGAAUGGCUGGAGUGCGAGUGCGAUAGACGCCCUUUCCACAGCGAUAAUUAUGGAAGACGAAGACACCGUCCGCCAGAUUGUUGACUAUAUUCCUAAAAUCAAUUUUGACAAGGUCAGCGAUGUAGACCGCACGGUCUCGCUAUUUGAAACUACGAUACGAUAUAUGGGAGGUCUGCUUUCAGCCCAUGAUUUACUGUCUGCUUCCAUGGCGGAAAAGUUCCAUGUGAACGACACGAUAUUAGGAGUUAUCCUGGAUCAAGCCACACAUCUGGCUGACAACCUGAAAGUUGCAUUCAAUACACCAACAGGUAUACCUAUCAACGAGUUGUUAUUCGAGCCUCCUCGAGUCACAGAUCGUACGACCAACGGCUUGGCGGCCUUCGGUAGCCUGGUUCUUGAAUGGACUAGGCUCAGUGACAAGACUGGCAGAAGGGAAUAUGCCGAAUUGGCCCAAAAGGCUCAAUCCUACCUCUUGAGACCAACGCCUGAGGAGAUCGGCGAGCCAUGGCCAGGUCUACGUGGUACCAGGGUGGCUAUCGAGAAUGGUUCAUUUGUCGACUCCAGUGGAGGUUGGAGUGGCAGCGACGACAGUUACUACGAGUACUUGAUCAAGAUGUAUAUGUACGAUACAGAUCGAUUCAACGAUUAUAAGAACAAUUGGACAACUGCGGCAGAUUCAAGUAUCAAGUACCUCGCGUCCCAUCCGUCAACACGACCAGACUUGACCUUCCUUGCUGCAUACGCAGAAAAAGAUAAUUUUACAUAUGUAUCAGGGCAUCUUGCGUGUUUCGCUGGUGGUACCUUUAUUCUUGGUGGUCUUGCUCUAGACCGACAGGACUACGUUGAUUUCGGCCUAAAACUCGCAUACAGCUGCCAUGAGCUCUAUACCGGUACAUCGACAGGCAUUGGGCCUGAUGUGUUCGCUUGGAAAGAUGAUAGGAGCUUGUCAAAUGCAACAUACAAUCCAGAGCCGCCUUCCGAUCAACUAUCGUUCUACAGCGCGUCUGGCUUUUGGAUUACCGGCCGUGACUAUCAGCUGCGGCCCGAAGCCAUCGAAAGUUGGUACUACGCUUACCGUGCCACAGGCGACACCAUGUAUCAAGAUUGGGCCUGGGACGCGUUCAAGGCGAUCAACACCACAUGUUUCUCGGGCGCGGGACUCACGGCUAUUUCUGACGUGAACGCGAUUGAUGGUGGAUCCUUUCUAGACAGUCAAGAAAGUUUCGUGUUUGCUGAGGUCUUGAAAUACAGUUACUUAAUUCAAGCUGAAGAAGGACCUUGGCAGGUCUCAGCAAGUCACGAUAAUCAAUUCGUGUUCAAUACAGAAGGGCAUCCCUUUAAAGUUGCAGGGAGGCCAAUUUGA